AUGGGCGCCUGCCUGGGCGCCUGCUCGCUGCUCAGCUGCGCCUCCUGCCUCUGUGGCUCUGCCCCCUGCAUCCUGUGUGGCUGCUGCCCCUCCACCCGCAACUCCACCGUCAGCCGCAUCAUCUUCACGUUCUUCCUCUUCCUGGGGGUGCUGGUGUGCCUCAUCAUGCUGAGCCCUGGCGUGGAGAGCCAGCUCCACAAGCUGCCUUGGGGGUGUGAUGAGGGGACCGGGAGCACCGUCGUCAUGCAGAGCCACAUUGACUGCGGCUCCCUGCUCGGCCAACGCGCCGUCUACCGCAUGUGCUUUGCUAUGGCCGCCUUUUUCUUCCUCUUCACCGUGCUCAUGAUCUACGUGCGCAGCAGCCAGGACCCCCGGGCCGCCUUCCAGAACGGGUUUUGGUUCUUUAAGUUCCUGAUCUUUGUGGGCAUCACCGUGGGCGCCUUCUACAUCCCCGAUGGCUCCUUCUCCGACGUCUGGUUCUACUUCGGUGUCGUGGGCUCCUUCCUCUUCAUCCUUAUCCAGCUGGUGCUGCUCAUCGACUUCGCACACUCCUGGAACCAGCAGUGGCUGGGCAAGGCCGAGGAGUGCGACUCCCGCGCCUGGUACGCAGGUCUCUUCUUCUGCACCUUCCUCUUCUACUCGCUGUCCAUUGUGGCCGUGGCCCUGCUCUUCGUCUACUACACCGAGCCCGACGCCUGCCACGAGGGCAAGGUCUUCAUCAGCCUCAACCUCACGCUCUGCAUCUGCGUCUCCAUCAUCUCCGUCCUGCCCAAGGUCCAGGACGCCCAGCCCAACUCGGGUCUGCUGCAGGCCUCCGUCAUCACGCUCUACACCAUGUUCAUCACCUGGCUGGCGCUGUCUAAUGUGCCCGACCAGAAAUGCAACCCCCACCUGCUGACCUCCCUGGACAACGGGACGAUCCUGGCAGGCCCCGAGGGCUACGUGACUCAGUGGUGGGACGCGCCGAGCAUCGUGGGCCUCAUCGUCUUCAUCCUGUGCACCUUGUUCAUCAGCGUGCGCUCCUCGAACCACCGGCAGGUGAACAGCCUGAUGCGGACGGAGGAGUGCCCGCCCAUCCUGGAGGGCUCGGCGCAGCAGCGGGCGGCAGGCCAGGCCUUCGACAACGAGCAGGACGGCGUCACCUACAGCUACUCCUUCUUCCACUUCUGCCUGGUGCUCGCCUCCCUGCACAUCAUGAUGACGCUCACCAACUGGUACAGGCCCAACGAGACCCGGAAGAUGGUCAGCACUUGGACCGCCGUGUGGGUGAAGAUCUGUGCCAGCUGGGCCGGGCUGCUGCUCUACCUGUGGACCCUGGUCGCCCCGCUCCUCCUGCCCAAUCGGGACUUCAGCUGA